GCUGUGAACGCCGACUGAUUGGCGCGUGAGGUAAUUUAAAUCAAAAUGUUUGCGACACUGGUCGCCGUGCUCGUGAUAACUAUCUUCGGCUAUAUUAUCAAUACGAUCAGCAAGCCACGCAACUUCCCACCAGGUCCAAAAUGGUACCCAUUCGUCGGAUCGAGCGCGGUAGUCCAAAAAACGACAAUGCAAUACGGCUCACAGUGGAAGGCAUUCUCAAAUUUGGCGAAAGAAUACUCGACAAAGGCACUUGGACUUAAGCUUGGCUCGGAGCAAGUUGUUGUUGUGUUUGGAGAAAAGAACAUACGCCAAGUGUUCACUGAAAAGGAAUUUGAAGGCCGUCCAGACAGCUUUUUCAUCAGGCUGAGGUGUCUCGGAAAACGACUGGGUAUAACCUUUGUCGAUGGACCUAUGUGGCGGGAACACCGACAAUUCACAGUGAAGCAUUUGAAAAACGUCGGAUUUGGUAAAACUGCGAUGGAGAAAGAAAUUCAAAACGAGCUUGCGAAUAUUCUAGAGUAUAUUGAGAAGAACAGAAAAUCACCAAUUAAUCCGAAACUCAUUCUCGCGAUGUCAGUGAUGAAUAUUUUGUGGAAAUUUACAGCUGGUGAACGCAUAGAACAGGAGCGACUUAGUUACAUUUUAGAAUUGUUUACAAAACGUUCGAAGGCCUUCUCGAUAGCUGGUGGCUGGCUUAACCUUUGGCCCUGGAUACGAUUCAUUAUUCCAGACUUGAGUGGCUAUAACUUAAUAAAAAAUUUAAAUCAACAGAUAAGCGAUAUUAUUAAGGACGCCAUCAUCAAACAUAAAAAUGGAACUGUACAAGGCAGCGAUUUUAUAUACACAUUUUUACAAGAGAUGAAAGAAAAUAACAACAAUUUUUUUCAUGAGGAACAAUUAAAUACCAUUUGUCUUGAUAUCUUAAUAGCGGGCUCACAGACAACGAGUAAUGUUGUAGAGUUUGCUAUUUUGUGUCUUAUACGAUACAAGGCAAUACAAGAGAAGGUUUAUCAUGAGAUAAAGAGCACUAUUGGUGACAAUGAACCAAAUUGGACUGAUAGUAACAGAUUACUAUAUACCAUGGCCUUCCUUCUAGAAGUCCAAAGGUUCUACACAAUAGUACCAUUAGCCGGUCCAAGAAGAGUGCUUCAAGAUACAACUAUAGAUAACUAUUAUAUUCCAAAAAAUACCACGGUAUUAUUAGCAGUUGGUGAUGUACACUUUGAUACCGAGAUAUGGGAUGAACCACACAAAUUCAUUCCUGAAAGAUUUUUGGAUUCUAACGGCAAUUUGAUUAAAACCGAUCACUUUUAUCCCUUUGGAAUGGGUCGAAGGCGCUGUCCCGGCGAUUCGUUAGCGAAAUCAUUUAUUUUCAUUACAUUCGUUGGAAUUGUUCAAAAAUAUAAGGUCGAAAGCACGAAUGGUGUUUUACCUCCCGAAGAGCCAAUUAUCGGAUUAAUAUCUGGAGCGAGACCGUUCACAGUAGAAUUCAUUCCACGGUCUUGAUGUGAUGUUAAUUUAUAUUUAAUAUAUGUGAGAUUUACAAAAUCGCGAUUUACAUCACAUGUAUGACAUUUUACACAAUAAUUGGAAUUAUUUGACACUACCAGAGCUCUUACUCGGUAAUUUCAAAGCGAUACCGACAGUAAUCCCGAGUUGUUCUUCCUGUUGCGACAUUGGCUAUGGAUAUUUAGAGAACUACAUAGAACAUGCAUACAAAAAUGUUGGGAUCUGUAUCGCUGUCGCCAUAGUGAUUCCGGUACACAGUGCGCAACUAUGAAGGCUCAUGUUAUAGUAGGCAAUGCUAUUAAUUAAUUACUAAAAGGACUGGUUUACAGAAAACGUGUCAUAUUAAAAUUUGUCAAACCUUUUGUUUCUUAUCAAGUCAAAUAUAUUUCAUAAGUACAAAAAUGUUUUAAAUUAAUUCGACCUUAUAUAAUAUGUGGACUAAAAUAUGUAUUUACAAUAGUUACGUAGAACAUAGAUUUUUCAAUUUUGAGUCCGCUUUUUAUAAAAAAAUGGAAACUUAUCUAUAAAGGCUCUAUUCAAUGUCACAUUUUAGAAUACUUUCAACUAAUUUUAGUACUCAAAAGCAUCAGCAGAAAUAAAUGUGCCCUAGAACCUU